AAUAAACGUCGUUCAACACCGAUCAGUCACGAUCCAAUUAUUAGCCGGGAGGUGCUGAUUGGCCGUCCUCAAUGUGGCAAUCGUAGGGAAAAGCUACAAAAGAUACCAGCGCGUUCGAUCGGCCCAAUUUUUCCCGGCUGUUUCGUUAGAAGCGUCACACCGCCGUUCCAUCCGACUAUGAGAGACUCGUAGAUGUUGGAUGAAACAUUAACAAUCCCCAGACAAAUACUCGAAAAAAAAAAAUACACGAUAUUUGCGAAAGAGCUGAUUAACAGGAAGGUAAGCAGUAUCCUCGAACGAAAGAAUAGGUACUUUCACCGGCGCGGAGUGUGACCGACGAAAAAAUAGAACGAGGAAGAAAGGAAACGAUCUCUUGGAACGUCCAAAUCGAACUUUCUACUGCUCGCUUUUGAAGAAACUUUUGAAAACACUGUCUCUAGAAGCAUCAGCGAUACACGGGAGCUAAGUGAAGAAAGUCCGAAGUGACCUAAUCUGAGAAAGCAGAACUUGGAAACUUUGUCAAAAGUAACAAAGAAAUUCUUAAGGAAGAAGAAGAAGUAACGUCUUCCGUAACUCCGUUCGACAUAACUCCUCCAUCAAACCGAACCAAACACUGUAAAACAGAAGAGAGAGAAAUUUCGAAAUCUCCACUCGACGAAUCGAUCCGAAGAAACACACGGUAGAGAAAAAUGGCGGGCUACCUGCCGCCGAUGUACGUACCGCUAGAACCAAGAUGGAAGCACUGGCCUACGUACAUCUACGACCGGAACUACAGCUACGGUAUCAACUUCUACCAGCCAAUGCUCGAGUAUAUCGAUCGUCAAGGUCGAUCGAAUUCGUUGGCCAGCGAGUAUCGUAGACUAAGAAUAUCAGAACCGCCGGAAUUGCCCUGGACAGACGGCAGACUUCUGUGGGAGGACAAACCGGUGGAACCGUACUCGAGACGCGAGCUGAUCAAACGGGCUGUCGACGCUGAGGACGAGGCUAGGGAUCAUCUGUCACAUUUUAAGAUCGCCAAUCGCUCAGACUUCAGCUUGUCGAAGACCGCGCAGGCCAGCCACGUGACCAGAGAAGUGUUUCCGCGUAGCUUUGAAGAGAACAGGUUGAAACCCUUACCCUUGCUAGUGAAAAGCGCGUACGCUCGAAAAGAAGCCGAACAGAUCCAUCGUGAGAUAGCGAAUAUCAACAUGCAGUCGUUGAAAGAUAUACAAAACAUGUCCGAGAUACAGAGUGCGUUCGAUCACGGUAAAAGUCUUCGCGGGAAAUCGGCGAAAGCGAUAGAGUUCCACCUGAGGGCCGAGGCGUUGAAGAAUUUGAGCAAAAGUCAAGAGUUGGCCGAUAUAAGGAAGUAUCAGAGGGAGAACGCCUCGUGUGUUAAUACGGUGUGGGACAAUAGGGAGCAUCUGAGGCUGAUGGAGGAGAGAACGAGAAAUCUGUUGGACGAGGACGCGAUAACAGCGCCUUUGAACAGCCUGAGCAGGGAGCUGAGAGGAUUCGAGGAGAAGUCGAGCAACUACUUCCUGGACAAGAGGUAUCGACACCCGAGACUCCUGAGACCCAGACGAUUGUACGGAUGCCUGGGAAUCAGGCCCGCUUAGAAGGAUGGACGUUUUCAUGAUUUGGUAGAUUUUAUUUGAUCGGUAGCAGCGAGGGUAAGAUUAAUGCGACACGGACACGAUGAAGAGGGAGUAAAACGAUCGACGAGAAUUCCGUUGGACUGUCGUUUGAUCUUCGGGGCUUAUCAAUCGUAGAUUAGGCGAUUUUUAGAUGUAUAUUGUAGUAGAC